AUGGUCUCAAAGAAGAAAAAGAAGUAUUCAUCUGGAGAGGGAGCGCAGUUUAUGACUAGGAAGGCCGCAUUAAAGAAACUUCAACUGACUCUAAAAGAUUUUAGGAGAAUCUGUAUUCUAAAAGGAAUAUAUCCUCGUGAACCACGAAACAGAAAAAGGGCUCAAAAAGGUGCUGGGGGUAUUAAAACUCUAUAUCAUACUAAAGAUAUAAAAUUUCUUUUACACGAACCAAUAAUAUGGAAGAUCCGCGAAUUAAAGGUAUUCCAACAAAAAAUUCGUCGUGCAAAAUCAUUGAAAGAACAUGGCAAAGUGAAAAAAUACUUCAGAGACUACCCUGAAAUCAAUAUUGAUCAUAUUGUAAAAGAAAGAUAUCCAACUUUUGUUGAUGCCCUGAGGGAUUUGGAUGAUUGUCUUACUCUAUGCUUCUUGUUCAGCACAUUCCCUUCAUUAAAAAGGGUGCCAAGAGACCAAUCUAUGCUUUGUAGACGAUUGACAAUUGAAUUUAUGCAUGCACUGAUUGUUGCAAAGGCUAUUAGGAGAGUAUUUAUCUCUGUAAAGGGAUACUAUUAUCAAGCAGAAUUAGAAGGACAAACAAUAACAUGGAUUGUUCCUCAUCAUUUCUCUUUCCAGCCACAAAGCAAAGACGAAGUUGAUUUUAAAAUAAUGUCAACAUUUGUAGAGUUUUACAUAACAAUGCUUGGUUUUGUCAAUUUUAAACUUUACAAUUCACUUAACUUGGUAUAUCCUCCUAAAUUGACUGCUGGCUUUAACUCUGAUUCUGAGAAGGCCCUGGUGGAUGAACAGGCUUAUGUCUCAGAAAGAAUUGCAGCUAUGAACCUGUCAUUAGCUAAAGUUGUAGGGUCAAAUGAGGUUGAAGAAGUUCCUGAAAUGGAUGUAUUUGAGACAGAUGACCAAGAUCCACUCAAGAUUGAAGAAGCCAGAAAAGAAGCAGAACAGAUUAAAGUUUUGAAGACACUAUUCAAAGGUUUAAAAUUCUUCAUCAAUCGAGAAGUACCAAGAGAGCCAUUGGUUUUCAUAAUUAGAUCUUUUGGUGGUGAAGUCUCAUGGGACCGUGAACACUUUGUUGGGGCUACAUUUGAUGAAACAGAUGAGUCAAUAACAUAUCAGAUUGUGGACCGUCCAAGCAUGGACAAGCAGUAUUUAUCAAGAUACUAUGUUCAGCCACAAUGGGUUUUUGACAGUGUUAAUACAAGAACUUUACUUCCCAUAAAUAAGUACCUUAUGGGCGCAACCUUGCCACCUCACCUGUCACCAUUCAUUGACAAAACAAAAGACCAAGUUUACAUACCACCAGAGCAGAGAGCUCUCAAUGAUCCAGAUUACAAGCCUCCUGGUGAUGAUGAAGAUGAAUCUGAAGAUAUUGAAGAGGCAAGUGACGAAGACAAGGAGGAAAAGAGUGAUGAGGAAUCUGAGACAGAAGAGCAGAUUCUUACAAAGCAGUAUCAAGCUGAAGUUGCUCAAGACUCUGCUUCUGAUAAUGGUGAUGAAGAAGAACUUGACGAGAAAAAGAAACUAUCUAAGGAAAAGAAAAAGAAGAUGGCUGUCAAAACUGGUAUCACUCAUAAGGAGCAUCCUUACCAGAAAGAGAUAGAAGACAAGCAAGCUUACAGACUCCGAGAGAAAUUAGUUCGGAAGAAGCACAGGAAUUUGUACAAGAGCAUGAAGGCCGGUCAAGAAAAGAGGAAACAAGAUAUAUGGUUAUUAAGAAAGAAAAGGCGCCUUCACGAUGAAAAGGUCAAAGAGGAACGGAAAGCUGAAAAGCAGAAGCAGAAGGAAGAGGCUCUUAAUGCAGCAUUGUAA